AUGAUUGACCCAUUCUUUGCACCGAUUCCUGUCCUCAAAGAGGCGGUUACGCCAUUGUGCGAGUACCUUCACCUCGGUAGCCUACCCUUCCACAUCCACGAAGUUCUGUUCGCAUGCAGUUUCUACCACAUCAUCUUCGAACACCUUGCGCGUCCAUUGUCAAACUGGCUCAUCCCGUAUCGAUACAAUCAUCUCUCCUAUGAAAGCAAAUUGCGAUGGAACAUGCAUUACGAUGAGAGGCGGAACAUGGAUCUUGAAGAGCGAAUGUGGGGGUAUACCGGCGCUGCGGCCCUGGUUCAAGCUCUGGCUGUGGGCUAUUUCUUGUUCGAUUUGGUUGUCAUGGUUCGCUACCUAGACGUCUUUGGACUCGGUAUGCUGGCACAUGCUUUCAGCUGUCUUGUUACGUACACGUUGGGAUUCCGACCAAUAUUCAAUUACUACGGAUGUGUCUUCAUGCUCUACGAGCUUUCCACGCCGUUCCUGAACAUGCACUGGUUCUUCGAUAAGAUGGGCAUGACUGGGACCAAGGCGCAACUCUACAACGGGCUCGCACUCCUUACCGUCUUCUUCAGCUGCCGAUUGGUCUGGGGAGCGUAUUCGAGCUUCAACGUCUACCGCGAUGUAUGGAAUGCACUACAUCUCCAUCGAUCAGCCAAAACUUGGGGAAACGAAGGGGUGAUGCAAUUUGCUGGCGACAGAUCCUUGCCUGCUUGGCUCGUCGUCCUGUACAUGAGCGGACAUGUCACUUUGCAGACAUUGAAUGUUUGGUGGUUUGGAAAGAUGAUCGCUGCAGUGAAGAAGAGGUUUGCCAAGUCUCCCAAGGAAAAUGAUUCUAGAGAGAGCGGUAAAAAGAAAGCGUAA